GCUGUCAGGACACGGAGGACGCACACAGAGAUGGACAAGAGUCUCCGCGCGGUUUUGGCACAUUCUAGGAGUAAAACAGUUCUACUGUAUAAAGAUGGACAUAAAGUGAUGGUAUCGCUCGUGCGGACACUUUAAUGGCACAACCAGAGACAGAACUGCUCACCAUCUCCUUAGGAACAGAGAUGGUGUCCAAAGUUCUGCUGCGAGUUGCAUUAGCAACAAGCCUCAUCCUCCAUGAGCUGUGUGAGAGCACCGCAACCACCAGGAAAAUGCAAGUAACAAACAACUCAGGCGUGACACCAGCUGGACAGUGUGGGACUUGGGUAAAAGAAUCUAGCGGAGGGUUCUUCACAUCCCCCAAUUACCCUGAGAAAUACCCACCUGAGAGGGAAUGCAUCUACAUCAUAGAAGCCUUACCUCGACAGUGCGUCGACCUGUUUUUUGACGAAAAGUACGCCAUCGAGCCGUCCUGGGAGUGUAGGUUUGACCACAUCGAGAUCCGUGACGGCCCCUUCGCCUUCUCUCCUAUCAUCGGUCGCUACUGUGGCCAGGAAAGCCCCGCCUACAUCCGCUCCAGUGGGAGGUACCUGUACAUCAAGUUUGUAGCUGAUGGUGAACUAGAGGCCCUGGGGUUUUCUGCACGGUAUAACUUCACACAAGCCCCAUGUGGUGGUGAUUAUUUCUUUUGCCACAGCAACAUGUGCAUCAACCACACCCUUGUCUGCAACGGUGUCCAGAACUGUGUCUACCCCUGGGACGAGAACCGCUGCAAAGAGAAGAGAAAACCCAGUAUCCUGGAUACACUGGACAACACUAACCUGACCAUCAUUGGAAUAACUUGUGGUCUGGUUGUCAUCCUGCUCAUCAUAUCUGUCAUUAUCCAGAUCAAACAGCCUCGCAAAAAAUAUGUCAUUCGGAGGGAUGAGUUUGACUCCACCCUCCUCCACCCUGGUUUCGAGCCUCCACACUACGAGCUCUGCACCCUGCGCCGCGCGCCUUCUGGCGACCUGAGCGACGCCGCCCUGGCGGAGGACUUCGACAAGUUCCACAAACUGCGGCGCGCCGAGAGCAAGUGCAUCCGCGACCACCACUGCGGCUCUCAGCAGGGGAGCAUCCACGGCAGCCGCAGCAACCUGAGCUUGAGGGACGCCACCAUCGCGCCCGACGGCGGGACCGCAGCGCCGCCGCUGUCGCCGAUCGUGGUGAAGCAGGUGUCGCCCCGCCCCUCGCAGCACAACACGCCAGCGGGUCGGCGGAGCAUCCUGGUGAUGAAGCACAGCUACUCGCAGGACGGGGCGGAGAGGUACAGGCCAGAGGAGGAGGAGGAGGAGGAGGAUGACCUGAUGAUGGACGUUGGUCCCACCACCAGCCAGCACCACAUGCACCACCAUCAGUUCCAUCACAACAUGCGUGGUUUGGAUCAUACUGUCCAUCGCACACUGUCUAAUGACUUGUGAUUCACUGCGACUCAAUGUGGAAAACCUAAAAAUAAUCAAUGCUGAACUGUAUUAAGAUUUAUGGAGAGACUUAGAAAAACGUACCAUUUAGCUUUUUUUUUUUCUUUAUUGAGAUUUACAAAAAUGGGUUUUGUAGUGUUAUUUAUUAAAACAGCUGCAAUUUGAGUUUGUCUAAGAUUCUAGUUUAAUAUUAAAUAUAGUAUUAUAAACUGCAGCGUAAACAUUAACUGGUGGUUUUAAUAAGAGAAAGUCCCCUAAGCAGUGGCGCCUAUUGGUGAGGGGAAUGAGGGGUCCACUUAAAACCAAAUGCCAGAGCAGAAGUUCAGGAGAUUUGCAAUGUCUUCAUAUAUACGUUAUUUGACAAAUAUGGUAAUACGGGAGUCCUUUUCUAAUAUACACAGGUCAGCUUUAGUUUGUUGAUUACCUCCACCAAGGAGGUUAUGUUUUCGGUCGCGUAUGUCUGUCUGUCUGUGGACAGAAUUACUCAACAACUUACUGACAAAUUUUCAUGAAAUGUUUGUCACAGGUUGAUAUUGGCCAAAGGAACACACCGUUAAAUUUGGGUGAUGAUCCGGAUCACGAUACGGAUCCAGGAAUGUUUUGAAGGAUUCUGCGCUAUUGCAGGAUAGGGGAACUUGUCUUUGGUGGAGGUUUAUGCUCUCCGAGUGCUUCUAGUUUAUUUUAAUUUUUGCUGUUUUUGUUUUGUUUUUGUUACAAUUGAUAUUACUUAUUAAGAACUUACUGUCACGUCUUGCAGCUUGUCCUCUCCUAAAUGAAUAUUUAUUAAAAAAAUAAAAUAUUUAUAUGAAACUGCCUGAACAAGGGGGAUGGAGGGCAGUGGUGGAGGCCUCUAACUUUUUCGAGAUGACCACUGCCACCCCCCAGGCCCCCUCUUGGCGGCACCUCUGUCCAUUUGCUGAGAAAACAAGGUUGGUUUUAUGAAACGGCAAUGUUAGAGGGCUGAAAGUAAUGUAUAAUUUAAGGUUGAUUGGGAUAAAUGCCAUCUGUUCUACUAGAUCACAUUCUCCUUUAUCCCCCUAUUUUCCCUUGUUAUUUAAGUUUCUGCAUAUACUUUAGUUGUAGAAUAUUUUUAUGUUUAUUAAGCAUGUUAUAUUUAUGAAAAUGUGUGGUUGAAAUUCAUGAUUGUAAUGCUUUCAGUAUGUAUAGAAAUUACCUCCAAAGGAAGAACAAUUUUGUUAGAAAAUGUUCGAUACCGCCUGUCUUUUCACUUCAUUUAAUCCAGCAUGUUAAAUUUAUGCUCAUUUAUUUUAUUAAACAUUUGGCCUCAUAUUAAAUAUUCUACAUACGUGU